CUUUCACGCAUUUGCCGCAGAAGGGAAGAAUUUACAUUGUGAAAACGGUUAUCCAGUAAUCGAUGACACUAUCGUGAUUCUUAUGGUUUUGAACAGCCGAAACAUUAGAAUAUGAGUGGAGAUUGAAGAGAAAGUCAAGAAUAGACGCGUUAACUCAGUCGCGACAAAGUAUUGUAAUAAUAAAUUCCGUUCACUUCACGUUGUCAAUUACGCUUGUUGUGACAAAAAGGUUACCGUGUUUAUUGGCGCAGCAGUUUUUGCGCGUAAUUGACGCUGUCUGUAGAACCGCGAAACGCUCUCGCGAGAUGCUCUCGUCGACGUAGAUCCGCAUGGAGAACUCGUGAACGGCUGACCAAUAUCCCCGAUCUUCGAUUCUGUGUAUCGCGCCGCGGCGCGCUGCAUCGUUUUCCAUCGCGGAUGAUGAGGAAUUAUCACAGCCGCUUGUGGCCUCCGAUUGUUCAGUCGCGAUCCGUCCACCGAGCGGGCAACCUCGCGUCCUCUCUCGCUCAUCGGCUUCCCCCCUUCUGUGUCACAGAGAGCUCCCCUUUCCCCUUCUCUCUCUCACCUCAUCUUCGCUCUCGCGUAAUCGCUUCCAGCGCGAGCUAAAUUUAGCGCUGACCGUUGCUUUUGCCGAGCCGAGCAGUAUAUAAAGCUUCUCCUCGCCUCCGCCGUCGUUUCCUGCACGCGUGCACCGGAGGUCGCGGAACGCAGGAAGAACGCUGUCGGACCUCACAGCCGUCGCGCGCAACGGCUGUCCCACCUGUGAAGCCAUCAUCGCGACCACGCGCGGACUGACGGAACAUUUCGGAGUGCGUGACGAUGCAGUCGCGAUCGCGCGCAGCCUGAGCGUACGUCGUUGUCGGAUGUAAGAAAGAAAACAAGUGCGUUGCGGUAAGCAGCCUGAAUCGCGAUGCGAUAACGGAAAUCUACGGAUACGGUUAUCAGUACACGCGCUUGGAGUUUCUUCACGGCACAGUUUACUCGUUGGGAAAAAAAAACUUAAUAAAACGUGUCUCAGUGUGCGAUUCAUGAUACAAUUGGCACAGUGUGUGCUCAUGUGUGCGCAAUAACUAUAGCGGCACGUGGAAGAGUUCGAACUUGUAUUUGCGACGAUAAAGAGCGUCGUGAAUGGUGUGACGCUCGCGGAGUCUAUCAAGUGGACAAUUUUCUCCUUGAACUAAGAUUUCGUGUUUUCUAAAUAACAGUGACUCUUUAAAUUCAAAACUCAUUAUCAAAGCGCGAUCGGUGAAGCAUAGCGGGGGCUGCUUCGCGAGACGCGUGCAAACCGAGCGAGCGAUAAGUGGUCGCGCGCGUACGCGUGUAUUGCACGUAAUAAACGCUAAAAAUAGCCGCGUUAUCGCGUCGCAAGCGAGUAUCGAAGCGAUAAACAUCGCAGUGACAACACGCACACACGUCGUCGCGCUCGAAUUCCGCAGUUUUCUCUGCGAUCGCGAUAUCGCGCGAUAUAACGUGGGAGGGGCGGGACACAACGGUGCUUUUCACUCGGACAUACUUUUAUUCGAAACCAGGCGCGAUGAGAAGGCCGAAGAAGAGAGAAACUGCGUUCUUGCGGAACACGCUUCCCCGCGACACCGCUCGGCCGUUCCAAAAUUAGCAUUCGUUUCGGCUACUCGGGAACGACGGGGAAAAAAAACAGUCGGCACGAUUAAGCGCGAUUGAUGUAAUUGCGCGUUUCCGAGAAACUGAUGUGUUGUUUGGAAAAGAAGCGGCGCAAAAAAUUCUCCUUUCUGCAUUAAUGCGACUUCAGUUUCCUCAAUAUAUUUCAUAUCUCGACAUUAUUCUAAAAAUAUCUACGACGCUAAUGAGAGUGUGGAUAAAAUAUACCGGUUUCUUCGAGAUGAUUCUUUCAAGUGUUAAUUUUUUACCGACAUUUAAUGCCUCGGCUAAAUACGCGUUAUCGGGAUAACGUGACGCGCGUGGUAUAAAUAUUGACAAAAAGAUCCACACAACAAAUUGGGUAACAGGAAGUGCAGUAUUGUGCCACGUUAUUGAACAAACAUUGACAAAAAUUGUCGAGACAUUAGUAGACAUCAGGAAGUGAUUUCUCAGCGACGACAGUGGAAGGAACGUCACAAAGAAUGUGCUUCGAAGAUUGAAUUCAAUACCAGUUAUUACGGCUUUGCGAUCGAUGGCACGGUGAAUGCCUCAUUUGUCACACAAAAAAAAACAGUUUUAAUCCGUGAGUAAAGCAUUGGGAUGUUUAUCGUGCAAACGUGAAAGUUGUUUAAAACUUUGUUUCGAAAUUGUUUACCGGUCGCAGAGUGAAUUUAUAAAGUUUUUUCAUUUCAGUGCAAAGAAGUUAAAUUUAGAUUAAGAGAAAUAUUCGAUAAAAAAAAUAAAAAAAAAACUAUGAGGGUUCACGUAGAGCGGACGAGUGCUUUCGAGCGAUACAUUCGCGCGGAAAACUCGAGCGCGAAGGUCGUCGGUGGGCCUCACUACCACAGGACGAUCGCUCAACGCCACGCGCGUGGCGCUUACGGUGGCAUGUUACCGGAUAUGUGCUGUUGUUACAUGUGUAUAGAGAUGGCCAGGGACACGCCGGGGUCGCCGAUGCCACGACCGCGGGAUUUAGGCACCGGCGGCGGGGGCGGCGGGGCUACGGCCACCUUGACUUCCGGCGCUUAUCACGCCGCAGCCACCGACACCGCCAACCUGCACGACCAUGCGCUCCAGCAAAAGAUACUCGAGCUACAGCAGCACCAUCAGCUUCAACAGCAGAUUCUCCGGCAGCAAUACCAGGCCCAGGAACGACAAUUGGCCGAGCUGCACGAGCAACAGAUGCAUCAACUAAAGCUCUGGGAGCAACAGAAGCAGCUGGAGGAGCAGAGGCGAGAAAAGGAAAGGCUCGAGGCUCUCAGGAAAAAGGACAAGCAUGAUCACAGCGCGAACGCGUCCACGGAAGUGAAGCAACGCCUUCAGAGCUUCCUGGUGAACAAGAAGCAAAGGGAGGCAGCUGCAGCGGCAAACGGAGCGGUACCUGGCACGCCCGGAUACAGGAGCUGGCUACAACCACAGUCGGAAUCAUCGAGCACUACGAAUGCGGCGCAUCCAUAUCGAAUGCCGCAAAUGCUGCAGGAGAAGUUCGGUGACGAUUUCCCGCUCAGAAAAACAGCCUCGGAGCCGAACUUGCUGAAGGUGCGACUAAAACAGCGCGUGGAGAGGAACAUGGCGGCGUCGAGAAACUCACCCCUGAUGGUGCGCCGGAACAACCGUUUGCUGUCGCACCUCAAGCGGAAGUCACUACUAGCAAACUCUGGCAGCAAUCCCGAGUCCGGGCCUAAUUCUCCUCCAACCGUGAACAAUUCUCAAGCCAGUCCCACCGCUGGAAGCAACACAGCGAUACAGGAAGAAGGCGAAAACCCGGCGUACGGAGGACGUCUCACUAGUAGUAGUCAACAGGGCAGCCUUUCGGAUCUUUCGCUCUUCAGUUCGCCGUCCAUGCCCAACAUCUCGCUGGGCAGACCCCACGUGCCAUCAAGCUCUUCGGUAAGUAGCGGGACGAAACUGGCGCCGGUCUCAGAAGCGGAAAGACGCGCCGCAUGUACGGCGCGUCUCGGCAUGCCGCUCACCGGUCAGAUGCUGCACAACACUCUGCCGUUCUAUCCGACCCUGACGGUCAUCGAGGGCGAGACGUACAUCCACAAGCCCUUGCAGCAAAACUUGCAGGAGCAGGCAACGCCGCCGUCCGCGGCUGUGGGCGGCAGCAGGCAGCAUCCCGCAGCGGCGGGGGCAGCGACGGUGUAUCACACCGCGGCGCCGAUCACGGAUAUACAAGUAGCGCACGCGAGACUGCAUAAGGCUGGUCACCGGCCUUUAGGUAGCAGAACCCAAUCCGCGCCCUUGCCGCUGGGCCACCCAAUGCUGCAGGGCGGCAUAAUCGCCCCUACCACCCAUUACGAGGAGUAUCUUGCGGAGAAGCAGCUGCACGAUCAGCAGCAGGCGCACAACUACCUGAAGCAACAGAUCCGCCAGACGGUUCUGACGCGAGUGGGCUCGCGCGGUCAGGCGAAUCAGCUGGACGAGGCACCCGAGACCGAGGAAUCCGAAGUGAUCGACCUCACAGGCAAAAAGGACCAUCCGGAAGAGAGUGAGAUCUCGAAACAGCAAAGGGACCGUGAACAAUUUCUGCAACAGCAAAGGGAUCUCAUGAUGAGACACACGCUGCAGACGAACGAGUCGACCAUCUACGCCGGAAGCAGGACCGCUCAAUCGGCCAGGCCGCUAUCGAGGGCGCUGUCGAGCCCGCUAGUGCACCUAGGUCCCCAGGGCAGCGGCGGCGACAUGUUCGCGCGAGGCUCUCCGCAUCGACCCACCACGGGAUUAGCCUAUGAUCCGUUAAUGCUGAAGCAUGCGUGCGUUUGCGGCGAAACUGUCCGAGGCCAUCCGGAACACGGUGGCCGAUUGCAGAGUGUGUGGGCAAGACUGUCGGAAACAGGCCUGUUGCAACGUUGUGAUCGAGUGCGUUCGCGCAAGGCCACGCUCGACGAAAUUCAGACUUGCCAUAGCGAAGCGCAUGCACUCCUAUUUGGAACGAAUCCGUUGAAUCGACAGAAACUGGAUAUGGCGAAAUUGUCGCAGUUGCCUAUUAAGAACUUUGUCCGACUUCCAUGCGGCGGAAUCGGGGUUGAUUCCGACACGACGUGGAACGAACUUAAUACCGCACCUGCCGCCCGAAUGGCAGUGGGAUGUGUCGUUGAUCUUGCGUACAAAACGGCGGUGGGCGAUAUUAAAAAUGGCUUCGCCGUGGUGAGACCGCCCGGACAUCACGCGGAGACCAACCAAGCCAUGGGCUUCUGCUUCUUUAAUUCAGUAGCAAUCGCGGCCAAGCUGCUUCUUCAACAGAAGGUCGACGUUAGAAAAAUUAUGAUCUUAGAUUGGGACGUCCAUCACGGGAACGGUACUCAGCAGAUGUUCUACGAUGAUCCGCGGGUGCUGUACCUGUCGAUACACCGACACGACGACGGCAAUUUCUUCCCGGGAACCGGCGGACCCACCGAAUGCGGCGCCGGCGAGGGUCUCGGCUAUAACGUGAACGUAGCGUGGUCCGGCUGCUUGAAUCCGCCCAUGGGUGACGCGGAGUAUCUCGCAGCGUUCCGCACAAUCGUGAUGCCGAUCGCGAAGGAAUUCGAUCCGGACAUCGUGAUCGUCUCGGCUGGUUUCGACGCGGCCGUGGGCCAUCCGGCUCCGCUGGGCGGCUAUAAAGUUAGCCCGGCGUGCUUCGGCAGGAUGACACAACAGUUACUUAAUCUGGCGGACGGUAAGGUGGUCCUCGCUUUGGAAGGCGGCUACGAUCUGGCGGCAAUCUGCGACUCGGCACAAGAAUGCGUCCGGGCGCUGCUCGGCGACGAGCCCAGUCCGCUCCGAGACGAGGAGCUCACGAGGAUUCCUUGUCAGAACGCCAUUGACACGCUGCAGAAGACCAUUGCCAUUCAGAUGUCGCACUGGCCCUGCGUAAAACUCGCUGCUCACACAGUCGCGAUGAGCGCGCUAGAAGCGAGCCAAAAAGAACAUGAUGAAACGGAAACGGUGUCCGCAAUGGCCUCUCUGUCUAUGCAGCAGCCUACGAACCUCACGACUACGCCAGAACAUUCCCGAGAGGUUUCCGAGGAGCCAAUGGAGCAGGACGACGGCAAAUGAAUUGCUUGAAGAUCAUUCUGCUAGUUGUAGUAGAAAACGUAACUAAUUGUACGAAACUGUGUAAAUGCUCUUUGUGAGAUCUCUAGAAGUGCAUUUCUCAGUGCAAAUCGGGUUGGGGGGGGGGGGGACUCGUCACUAUAUUGCACACGGCUGCCGUGACAGGUGCACGAUCCAGCCACGAGUGUUCCACUUGCAUAGGAACAUAGACGACGGCGCGUGAAAAUUCGCGCAUAAUCCCGAUUUUCAAUAUUUUUCAACAAGGCAGUAGUUUAAAUAAAACAACGGCCAAGUAAUAAGGAAGAAGAGAUCUGCAAGAUUUCGGAGGCCGAUUUGCAAUAGCAUAUUCAUGGACCUCCCUUUCUUUUUUUGUGCUAGACAUGAAAAUACAAAGUUGUGAAUUUGUGAGUCUUGCAAAUGUUUCUAUUGUUUAUCGCGGUACUUGAUACGCGAGAUUGUUGUACAGUUAGCUACGAAGAACAAAUUGAAUUUGUUGCUUCGUAGAUUUUCUUCUUCUUUUUUUUUUUUUUAUUGGGAAAGCAAGGUUUGUAAUGUUUUUAAACGAGUUGCUGUUAACAUUGUUGAGAUAAACUCGAGCGCGCUAAACAACCUUUUGCCCACCAUUUGGAUAUCGUCUGGCGAAUUUUCGAUCCCAGUGUCUUAUCAACGAACAACGAAUGAUUUUAAGAUUCGAUGUUGAGUCAAAACUGGAAUGGGGACAUUUUUAUAACGUUAAACUAUCCUUGUUUGAACGGUUCCAUUUGAUUAUCGCGAAAAAUGAGUAGCAGAAGCGCAUCAUCGUUCGAUCAUUCGGUAGUAAAACAACUUGUGAAUCCACAACAUUCUGUUUGAAAAUGGCGUUAGAUGUCCGCAAGCGUCUUGUUGACGUUUUCGUGUAAGUAGUAAAGGUACCGAACUUUCUCACAGCUGUAUAAAACAAGUCUGAUGCAUCGUGUUGCCUUGAAUAAUUCGCAGGAAGAAUUAAUUAUUCGUGAUAAUUCCACGUUGCCGUAUAUAUUUUUGAAUGCUAAUUGCAACCUUGGACAUCUAUUUAGAACACUUUCAAGGAAUCGUAUUUUAUCGAAACAUUCAGGGAGAUAAGUACAGGGAACUUGAGAAAAAGCUGUAUUAACACAAGAAAUAUGUACCUCGAAUCGUAAAGAUUCUUUUUGUAUCGCGCCUAUUGUUACGAAAGACAUGAGCAUACUGUAGAUAAUGCAAAAUCUACCAUGGAGGAUUAUAUGGUUUUCCGAUAUAAAGUUAUCGAUUCGUGACUGCGAGAACAUCGAUACAAGCGUCUUUAUUUAAAUAGGAUUUCAAUUUUUUAAGGCUAAAAUGUUCUAGAAAUCGUCAAACGGAAAUAUUGCGGAAAGAGAUUGGAACGACAUUCAAUGAAAUCGUUGUUUCUCAUCUAUUUUUCGUAAUGAAUAAAAAACAAAUAUACGAGUAACAUGAAGAUGUUACUCGAUUGAGAAGAAAAAUUUGUUAAAUAUUUUAUACGGGAACUCUUUUCCUCGCGAGAUGAAAGAGAUUUCCCCUUGAGAAUAUUAAUUCGUAAAAAUUGUUGAACAGUUGUAAAAAGUAAAUCGUUGGUAAGAUGAUUCCACGUCGAGAAUACUUUCCGAAACAAACAGUUGCGCAAAUGGAUUGCGGAAUGUAUAAAUCUUAGGAAGUAUCGGACUGUCUAACGAUGCGCAUAGAAAAAGAAUCGUUCUUUGAAUUGUCAAAAAUUUUCAUGUGUGCAUGCCAGGCCUCGCUAGAAGAAAUAAUGUGCAAUAAGAACAAUUGGACAAACGUGUAUUUAUAAAAGACAGUAGAUGUAUUUUCUUCGCCUUCACGCGCGCGACCUACGUGCGGUGAAGACGCGUACGUGCGCAUCGUGCUGGUCACUAGCGCUUCAUUUGUCUCGUCGUCUGAUCCGCUUUUCCUGUUCUUCGGGCAUUCGAAAUGUACGAGCUGGCGAUAGCUCUCAAUGCAUGAAUACUUUUUUUUUUUCGAAACAAGGCGACUUACUCGUGAUACAUAAAAAAGAAAAAAAAGUCGAUGUUUAGAUCCUAAGACGAUAUUAUGUCGUAUGCGCGAAUAUAUGGAAGUGUAUGUGUAUGCGACCCCACGUGCUGCGCUGAAAUGUGAUAAGACAGCCGACGAUGUCAUUGUACCGCGCCGAAAUACUGAGAGAUGCCAUGACACAUUGCCCUUCGACACAUUCAGCUGCUGUUAAAUAAUGCUAAAACAGCAUGAAUAAUCUUCAGUUCCGCAAAAAAAAAAGGGGGGGGAGGAGAAGGGAAAAGAAGAUUACUUCAGAUUGAAAUUAAUUCUUAUCUAAAAUUUUCUCGCUGCCAUUUACACUUACUCGUAUAACAAGUUUGACACAACUUGUGCGCCGCAAUUUAAACAAUUUUAUUCAAUAGAAUUUUGAUUUACAAAUAAUUAUUUGUAUAUUGAGCUAUUAAUUGAAGCAUAAUAAUAUGCACGUUAAAAUAUAUAUUUGAAGUAUAAAUCAAGAGAAUCGAAAUUGAUUGAAACUCGUAGAAAUAUUUGUUGCAUAAAGUUUUUCGUUUGUCCGCUAUUACGCAAAUCACUGCCAAUGAUAAAUAUACGGUGUGGUCACAUGUUUCCGCGAGCACGUGUCGUCUCAUCUCGAUACAGCGUUAAUAUAUGUUGUUAAUGUUUUGAAAUGCGAAGGCGAAGCGCAGAACGAGCCGGAGGCUACCGUUCUGACGAGAUUUUUAACAACUUGGUUUCUUUGCUGCGAACAAAGGCUGGUGUGAUUUUUGUGAUAUUUUGUAAAAAGAAACUAAGCUAUAUAUGAUUAAUUAAAAGUAUACGUCGCGGUGAUGUGUGUACGAGAGAGAGAGAAAGAGAGAUAGCGAGAUAGCGAGAAGGUAAAUAUAAUUCACAGAUACAAGCAUUUAUUUUUGUGUCAUGCAUUUUAUGGAGAAAAGAAUAAAAAAAGAAGAAACAAAAAUGAAUAUCUAUUGAUAAACGAGUUAGGAGUAUAAUACAUAAGUAUCCUAAUUUAUUUAUCAAUAUAUCUAUAUAAAUAUAUGAAAGAGUUUGUCUUGCAAGAAAUAAAGAAUAUAUAAUUCUAUAU